AUGCCUGGCGGCAUUGACUACUCGAAAUGGGACAACUUGGACGAAUACAGCAGCAGUGAUGAUGGUGAACAAAAUGAUUCAUCAGAUAAUGUACGAGUGACUCAGCUGGAUGCUCCAAGUCAAGUUACUUUUGGAGGUGAAGACGCCUCGACCCCCACCAUAAUGCCCUCAUCCUCAUGCAAGGCACCAGCUAUUGAAUCCGCUAACGGUAUUGGCACUGCGGAGGUCACCAAUACCAAGUCCACAUUAUUAUCAGAUCACAACGAAACGGAUCCAUACUAUGACUGGCAAGAGAAGGGAGGGAUGGUAUCCAUCACAUCAUCAUCUAAUCACAACCGGCGUCUGUAUUGGUCACAAGGUCGCUAUUCAGUACUUUUACGACUGGAACUCUUCCAAGAGGAAAAGAUCAAGUCUGUACAAGUCAAUGGAUCAGUGUCCUAUAGAGAUCGGUUUUGCGCUGUGGGUAGCUCCAGACCAACCAUUCAAGUGCAUUCCACUUCAGCAGCAGCAGCAAAGAGCGAAGAGCUGAAGUUGCUGCUGGAGGGAGAGCUCCCACACGCCGUGCACUUUUCCGAAGAUGAAGAUGAGAUUGAAUGGAGCGUUGAACGAUCUAACAGAGAUGAGAGAUUUCUCACCAUUACACUCUUCAAAGCUUCUCCAAUACAAGAUGUUUCGGUAUGGUGGCAACGACCUUUGAUGGCAUUUGAUGAAAUCGAGAUUGAAACCAAGUCCGACAGUGGGCCGCAAUCGUUUCAGCAAGCAUGGGAGGAAGCUCAUAAGAUAUUUCAACAAAGGCGGCAACCAUCGAGUUGA